ACUGAGCUAACCAGAAUUGCCACAAGGAUGGGAGUAAUUGUAAGAUUUUGGAGAGUUUCAAUAGCAUGCCUGUGCCUUGCUCUGUCAUUGGCACAAGAUAACUCACUAAAAUGAGUUCUUAUCUUCAACCACGUCCCAAGUGAAGUCUAAGGUUUCAAUUUCCAAGGAAAAUUUGGACAAACUUCAACUGUUUGUGGAUGGUCUAGUGAAAAUAUGGACACUUAUGGAAUGAGGAAAAACUCAAAUUGGGACUAUGGACAUCCAGGUCAGACUAUUGUGUACGCACUGAACACCUCCACUAAGAGAUCAUUCCUCGUGGCCUCUCAAGCAUUCAUGAUCUGCUACCUGAUGUCAUUGAAUUGACUGAUGACCUUGAUAUCGAACUAUAACUGCUUACCCAGCCAAGCAGAAAGAAAAUAAAGUAGGUUUAUGAAGUAGGGAUGCUAGCAUGUGCUCAAACAAAGAAAUGGAAAAUUGAGCAGCGGUUGAAUGAGCACUCGUGGUUGUUAGGAACUGACUUGUAACACAACCUUUUGGCUGGAGACAUCAAUUUGCUCAGUUGGUUGGAUGGCUGGUUUGUGAUGCAGAGUGAUAAUGUGGGUUCAAUUCCUCCACCAAGUUAUUAUGGAAGACACCUUCUCAGCCACUCUCCUUGCCUGAGGCAUGGCAACCUCUCAGAUUUUACUGGUUACCAAUCUCUGAACGAAUCCAAUGUCAAACCGAGUAUACGCAGAUCCAAAAGGCAAUUAUGAUGACUAUCAGUAUCCAGUAGUAUUUUUACCACCAUAUGAAAAUCCACCUCCUUGGAUCCCUUUGCAGGAGAGGUUACAUCACUCAGAUUACAACAAUGAACUGAUCCAGUUUUUACCUCGAAUAAUCCAGUUGAAGAAACCCUCUGGAGCUCAGCUGGGAUUCAACAUCCGAGGGGGCAAGGCCUCUCAGCUUGGCAUCUUCAUAUCUAAGGUGAUUCCUGAUUCCGAUGCAGAUCAUGCAGGGCUGCAGGAGGGCGAUCAGGUCCUUGCAGUGAAUGACAUUGACUUCCAGGACAUAGAGCAUAGCAAGGCUGUUGAGAUCCUGAAAUCUGCCAAAGAAAUUACCAUGAGGGUUCGUUACUUUCCAUACAACUUUCGCAGGCAGAAGGAAAGGACAGUUCAUUAAUCGGAGGUCCUGCCUUAGAAAUUAUUGAAAAGUUUGGUACUUGGAAGAUGUCUGGUCGACUGGCUCAAUAUCUAGAGAGAUUCUGAAAUUGGGUUUUCUGGUUUUUUUUGGACAAAUUUGAAAAUGAAAUUUGGGAUUUGUAAAUAUACCUCCUGCAUUUUAUAUUUAACAUUGCUAGGAUUUAUAGUCAAUAUAUGUUAGUGUAAAUUGUUGGAGAAUUGAGAACAUUUUGGGGAAACUUCAAUGAUGGAGAACUCUGUGAACUGAAACUCAGACAGUGCCUGGUUCUGCAACUGUCAUGGGAAUCUAAAAGGAAUCUUAAACCUGUUAUCGUCAGAAGCCCCAAUCGUUGCUACUGCUUUGCUUAUCCCUAUGUAGGAUUGUCUUUUAAGGAUCCUUCUGACUUUUAGUUUUGUUAUAAAAUGUUGAAGUCUGUUGAUUCAAUACCACAUCUCGCAACAAUAAGGGCACAACCUUCUCUGUCAACGCCACUGUUUGUAAUGGUUUCUACAGGCUAUGUAACCAAGAAACUAAUUUUUUUUUAUGUUUAGCACAGUAAGCAAGAUGUCUGCACUUAAUUAGUAUAUCUUUCAAAGCAAUAAUGUCAACAGUUACAACCAUCCAGAUGAUAUUUAAUGGAUGGUAGAGAGCAUCGAUAGUUGAGAUGAACACGUGGACUGUCACACAGCUUUGCUUGACCCCAUCAGUUUCAGUUUUCCCACUACAGAUAGUUGCAGUUAUACUAUCAUGAAGCAAUUGCGGAAAUUGUGGUGAAGGCUCUUGGAAAUCUAAAGUUUUAGAACAUGAACUUCUCAAUUUAUUGAAUCAAAUUCUUGAUCAGAAAGAUUAAUAUAAUGCGUGUUUUUUUUAAUUUUUAUUUGCUUGGAUGUACCUGGUAACAGAGGUUAUCUGGAAUGUCUGAAGCUAAAAUGUUCUCUUUGGGAGAAAUUCCUCACACACAGGAAGUAAGUGAUUCAGGAAAAUGCAUGUCAGGAUCUUCUCUGUUACAGGCGAGAGGGGAAUUUCUUGAUGGUUUCCACAACAUGCUUUAAUCUCUCUUCUUGAAGAUAUUUACUAUAUGCAACAAUUGUAACUAUAAUUUUGGGGUAUAUGGUGGAUAAUACAGAAUAAAUAUUUGUUAAAACUUUUGAA